AUGGAGUGCACACAGGCUUGUGUGUCUGUUCUUAAAGCCGAGAGAGGCUCUGAGAGUGAUGCCUUGGAAUGCCUUGGAAGCCUCGCUGGGAUCGUGAGGGGUGAGGAGGCUGCGCGCCUGUUUCAUCACCAAGUGGUGGGCCUGCUGGUAAGUGAUGCUGUCAUGGGAAGUGAGCUUUGUGACGCUGCUCUGGAAGCGCUUUCUCGAGCGGCGGCUGCAGAUGAACUUCUCAUUGCCGACGCAUCCUUUUAUGCUACACCAGGCCUGCAGCCAGCAGAGCUGUGCAAGGUGGUCCAGCUUGCCCUGACGGCCUCAGUCACGCAGCGUGGGCACAGGCGGGCGCUGGCGCUGAGGCUGCUGCACAGCAUCGCCGACUCCCACUCUCGUCUGCUUUGCACCAUGCAGGGAGGCCAGCUCUCAGCAGAGGAAGUUCUGCUUUCCCUUGUGGACUUGGUGGCUCCGGACGAAGUGCGGGUAAGGGCGGAGUGGGAAGGACUCUUUCUCGGCCAGAAUUCUGCGGCACAGAGCGGGGCUGAGUAUGGUUUGCUUGCCCGGAUCGCAAAGCGGCUGCCAGACAAGCUGGUGCUUCCCAUCGUCUACCGCAGCGCGUGCCGGAGUCUGGGCCUGGGGUCUUCGCAGUUGCCUGCGAAGCUUGCAGCUCUGGCGUGCCUGGGUGCCGUGUUGCCCGGAUGCGCAUGUCUCGUAAAGAAGCAGCUGCAUCGCAUUUCACGACUGGUGCUGCGAGCACUCUCGCAGCCGGCUCUGCACCCGGUAGCCUUCGCUCUGGUUGCUGAUCUUUGUGGGCUUGUCCCUGCUGAGACACGAUGUGGCUCGGCAAGGCUCGCAGAAAGGCUGCUUCCUCCUCUUCUUCAGCAGCUGCAGCUUUUGCAACUUCAUGACGUCGCCUUUCCACAUGCACUGGCAGCACUGGAGGCAGCUUGUCCAAGCACCUUGACUGCCAGGCUACUCCCUGCCUUCAGACCUCCACAAAGCGGUGUAGCGGUGUUGAUGUGGGCGUGUCAAAAGCUGGCUGAGCUGGUACUUCAAAGCGAUGCCAAGGAAGCCGGCCUGUCAGAUGGCACCGCCAAGAGACUGUGCACUCUCAUCAGCAUACUGGCGCGAAGGCAGCACCUCACCAGGCAUACCGCUGAGAGUUUGAAAACCGAGGGAGGCAGGAUCGCGACCGUCUUGCAGCAGGUGCUGACUUCCGCUUACAGCGCUGAGACGCGCUCCGCGGCACUUGAAGCUUCUGGGGCUUGGAUCAAGCUGAUGGCCGAUGCGGGGACCAGGUGCCCAGAACUUUUGAGCACCUGUUUGCAAGCUGUGGAGCACGGCCUUCGUGAAGCGACUGAGCCGGCCUCUGUCUCUGCAGAAGCUUCAGUGCGUUUCUGCGCCGCUCUUGGGCCGCUUGCGCCUUCGCCUGGAGCGGUUGUGCUUGCUGGGCUGGAAUGCUGCGCUCGACGACCUCGACCCGAUCUGGUACAGGCUCCUCUCUUGGCCUUCACGUGCGGAGAUAACUCCCCUUCGCUCUGCAGGCGCUUGCUGCUUUGGUGGCUUCCUCGCAGUGCCUGCACCCAAGCCAGUUAUUUUCAAUCAAGUCUGCAGUUGGGCUUACAAGUGUUGCUGCAUCUCAACUUGUUCUUGGCAGAGCCUGUCAGGUCUUCCAGCACUGUUCGGAGACCAGGCAUCUCAAAAGUGGAGUCGAAGCCCAGCUGCAAUAGUCAAUAG